AUGUUAAAUCGUCUCAAUCAGCUUUCUCGCCACAUAUCCCGGCCAUUGCUCAGUACCAGUUCUCUCUCUCCGGUCGCCUCGCGAGCCUCAUUCUCUCCCUUAUCUAGCAAACCGUCUUCCAUCAUGGCAUCAUCCGUGGUGCCCAAUCCAUCUAAGACUAUCCACACGGCGGCAUGUCUGAUCAUUGGUGAUGAAGUCCUUGGUGGAAAGACCAUCGACACCAAUUCGGCCUUCUUCGCUAAAUACUGCUUCUCGCUUGGUAUUCAACUCAAGCGGGUUGAAGUCAUUGCCGAUGAUGAGGACGAGAUCAUUGAAGCCGUGCGGCGGAUGAGCAACAACUACGACUUCGUUGUGACCAGCGGAGGCAUUGGGCCAACCCACGAUGACAUUACAUACGAAUCGAUAGCCAAGGCCUUCAACCUGCCACUGAAACUUCACACCCGCGCCUUCGAGCGCAUGAAGAGACUCUCCAAGCCUCACCCCAUGCAGCCUCACUUCGAUUGGGACACCCCGUCGCCCGGCCUCACUGCGAAGCUCCGGAUGGUCUACCUCCCGUACGACGAGAACCUCCCCGCGGAAUCACAAGCCCUCUUCGUUGCAGACGACAUGUGGGUGCCCAUCGCCGUCGUCAACGGUAACGUGCAUAUCCUCCCCGGUGUGCCCCGCUUGUUCGAGCGCCUCCUCGAGCACCUCAAGCCCGUUUUGCUCCCCCGGUUAGCCAACCCGGAGGGCAAAGGUAUCUACCGCUACCUCUUCAGCACCCCGCUCCCUGAGAGUGCUGUCGCGCCGUACCUGACGGACCUUGCGGCCCGGGCCAGUGUGCACGGCGUCAAAGUCGGCAGCUACCCUCGUUGGGGCAACAAGCGCAACACCGUCACUCUUGUCGGAAAAGACAAGGCUUUCAUGGAUUCGGUGAUUGCGGAGGUCGAGGAGAACGUUCAGGGCAAGAAGGUAUCUCGGGAGGAUGAGCUGGACCCUCCCUCUGAGUCGGAGUAG